UGUUGAAAGAUAAUCGAUACCACCCACCGCUAGAAAUAGUCCAGUACAUACUAUACAAAACACAAACCAUUAGAAUUAGAUCUACUGAGAAAUACUUUGAGUGUCGAGAAGAUUCUAUGCAUUUUAAGCAAGUAUUUUAUUCAAAAUUGUUGUUUUAAAAACUCUUGAUAAGAUAUACUUGAAAAGUAUUUGUGCACUAUAAAAGAGAAACAAUAUGGCAACCAGCAUUCAGCAAGAGCAGCUUCAGAUGCUCAAGGCAUUUGUUAAAAUAUGCCAAGCGACACCAGAGAUUUUACAUCUGCCAGAAUUGGAUUUUUACAGAAAAUAUCUUGAAAGUUUGGGUGCAACAAUCCCACCACGUAAGCAAGAUAAAUCCCCAAAAGAAGGAGAUAAGCCUGAAGCCACAAAUGAUGCAUCAGCAACAGAGGAUAUUGAAGAUGAUGAUGAUGUUGAGAGUGACCUGGAGCUAAAUACUGAUGGUGUUAUUGAAGACAAUGAUGAGGACAUGCCAGAGUAUGGAGAUGAAAAUGCUGAAGUGACAGAUGAAAUCAUUGAUGAAGCUGAUGCCAAAAGAUCAGCUGCCAUGGAUGCCUCAGCAGAAGGUCGUCUUGAGGACUCCAUUGAGUUGUUUACAGAAGCAAUCAAAUUGAAUCCAUCUUCUGCUCUCAUGUAUGCUAAGAGAGCAAUGGUAUUCCUGAAGUUAAACAAGCCUAAGAAAGCCAUACAUGACUGUACAAAGGCCAUUGAAUUGAAUGCAGAUUCUGCUCAGGGAUACAAGUGGCGAGGAAGAGCUUACAGAUUGUUGGGUCAGUGGGAAGAAGCCUAUCAUGACCUGACCUUAGCAUGCAAGUUAGAUUAUGAUGAUGAUGCCAAUGCAUGGUUGCAUGAGGUGACACCAAAUGCCAAAAAAAUAAUGGAACACAAGAGAAAGUAUGAGAGAAUCAAGGAAGAAAAAGAGUUAAAGAAGAGACGAGAGAGAGUGAAAAAAUCUCGAGAGGAAUAUGAAAAACUAAAGGAGCAACAGCAAAAUGCCAACAAUGAUGCAGAUGGUGGUUUUGCUGGAUUCCCAGGAGCAUUCCCAGGCUCAGCUGGUGGAAUGCCUGGCAUGCCUGGACUAAGUCAAUUACUUCAGGAUCCUGAACUCUUGCAAGCUUUCCAGGACCCUGAGGUUGCUCAAGCUUUUCAGGAUGUUGCCAUGAAUCCUGCCAAUAUUUCCAAGUAUCAGAACAACCCUAAAGUACAGGCACUCAUAAACAAAAUGGCAACCAAAUUUGGUGGUGGUGAAGGUGGUCCCAAACCCAGUGGCUUCCCCGGCACUGUGUGAUAGUUUUGUUGUAUGGCUGUAAGUCAAGAAAGAACUGAUGUGGUUUAUAAGUGGGCCUUCAAACACACAAUUUGUUCUCACCAGAAAACAUCUUCUCCAAGAGUGGCACCAGUAUUUAGUCAUCAUUACUAACUGUGUGAAUGAUCUGUGCACAUUUUAACCAUGUUACAUUUAGUGGCUGUAUUUUGUUAGUUGUGAAUUAUCAUGAAGAGAGUUUUACAUUUCAUUUAGUAUCUAUCAAUACCUGUUGUUUUUUUAAACUACAUUUUCUUGCCAGUAUCCUGGCUAAGCAGCAAUGUAUCUUGUAUUGUUUGUUAACUUACUUCAUGAGUUCUUGUAAAGAGAACAUUUUCUGUUUUGUCUUUGUCCCCCAGAACUCUAGAUUAAUUUGGUCUAAACAGUUGGUAUGUUAUUAUAUAGGAAAAGCUUAAAGUAAAGAAUUUUUAUUCAGGCAUGUUUUUUUUUUUAUCAUUCGCUCAUGCAACACAAAGCAGAUAGAUUAUUUGAUUGAUCUCGAGCUUAAGUACACAUUUCAUUAUCUGUACUGAUUUGAUUUGUCUCAUGAUUUUAUAAAGUACACAUUUCAUUACUAUAGUAUAGGUGAAAAAAAAAUGAAUCCCACAUUCCACAUCUAUUUGUAUAACAUGCUAAGCCACUGCCUUUUUAGACCAGUUUUUAUUUGUAUAAAGAAAAAAAAAAGAUUAGCACUUGAGUUUGUGAGAUUAAAAUCUUAAACUGUGUUUUUAUUUUUCCUCAUAAUUCUAUUACUGCUGCUUUUUGAAUAUGCUGUAAGUGGAUGUCAAAAGUCUACUAAAGUAUGAGAGAUAAAUGUAUAAACACUGUUUUUUUUUAUCUGCACUCAUGAAGUAUUUUGUUCUAUAACUGUAUACCAAGCCAGAUUAUUUUUUUUGUUUCCUUUUGUGUUCGUUUGAAUUCUGAUGCAAGUAGCUGUUCAAUGUUAAUAAAGAUUUGACAUGUUCUUA